AAGAGCAGCUGAGACAAUGACAAUAGCUGAUUACGUGUCCGGAUUGUCUGACAAUCCGUACUUUGGUGCUGGAUUUGGUUUAUUCGGCAUUGGGGCAGGUGCUGCAAUAUUACGUAAAGCCCUCCAGGGAAGUCUCAUUCUUUUCCGGAGGCACUACAUGAUCACACUGGAGGUUCCAUGCCGAGACAAAUCCUACCAAUGGCUCUUGCAGUGGAUUACUCAGCGUGGAGCUCGUCAGACCCAACACCUCAGCGUUGAGACGUCGUUUGAGCAAAAGGAAACUGGGCAUGUGAAGACCAAGUAUGACUUCAUCCCAAGCAUUGGGACGCAUUUUAUGAAGUACGGUAGAACAUGGAUACGUGUGGAGAGGACACGGGAACAGCAUACUCUGGAUCUCCACAUGGGAGUUCCUUGGGAGACGGUUACCCUCACAGCUUUUGGUAGGAAUAAGAACAUCUAUUUCGGGAUCCUCGAGGAAGCUAGGCAACUGGCGCUGAAGCACACAGAGGGCAAGACAAUAAUGUACACUGCCAUUGGAAGCGAAUGGCGCCCCUUUGGGCAUCCACGAAAGAGGAGACCAAUAAAUUCCGUUGUUCUGGAUCGAGGUGUAGCUGAGAAAAUUGUUGCUGAUGUUCAGGAAUUUAUUCGAACACCCAAAUGGUAUUCUGAACGUGGAAUUCCCUACAGACGUGGCUACCUGCUGUACGGACCACCGGGAUGUGGGAAAUCUAGCUUCAUCACAGCUCUAGCGGGAGAAAUUGAAUUUGGGAUUUGUGUUCUCAAUCUCUCAGAUCGCAGUUUGUCAGAUGACAGACUAAAUCACCUACUUAGCGUGGCUCCACAGCAAUCAAUUAUCUUGCUGGAGGACAUUGAUUCAGCCUUUGUGUCCAGGGAAGAGACAAAACAACAGAAAUCUGCAUACGAGGGAUUAAAUCGUGUCACCUUCAGUGGUCUUCUCAAUUGUCUCGACGGUGUGGCAUCUACAGAGGCGAGAAUCCUCUUUAUGACCACCAAUUACCUGGACAGACUGGAUCCUGCCCUCAUUCGACCCGGAAGAGUUGAUCUCAAAGAAUACGUGGGCUAUUGCUCUCAGUAUCAGGUUGAGCAAAUGUAUCAUCGUUUCUACGGCGAUGGAGAAGAUAAGAGUAAAGCACAGGAGUUUGCUGAGAAAGUAAUGUUGGAGAAGAAACCUGUGAGCCCGGCCCAAAUUCAAGGGUACUUCAUGAUGCACAAAAUGUCAUCACCAGAUACAAUUCUGGGGAAUGUUAGAGAAAUAUGGGAAAGUUAUUAGAGCUCUUCUGAAAGUGAAAGAGAAA